ACGCACGGCGGCGUGACGCAGGACCGCAGCUGGCCUCGUUCUGGCCGCCGCCGCCGCUUUGAGGCGGAGUAGGAUGAGGCCCGCGGCCGAGGCUCCGGCGUCGGCAGGGGCAGCAGCAGCUGAGGCAGCAGCUGAGGCAGCCGCGACGGCCGCGCCCCCCCCUCCUGACCUGGAUUAGGCCCAGCAGCUCCGUGGCCGCCGCCGCCCCGCGGGGGGGCGGGGUGGGGAAGUGCUUCGUCUCCCCGCCCCCCCCCCCCCAUUGCCGCCUCGCAAGAGGCAACCGCCGCGACCCCAGCGGAGCCCGCGGCCCAGCCUUGAGCCCCCAAGUCCGGGGGCUGGCAUGAGUGGCCCUUCGGGGGCACCGGGGGGCGGGGGAAACGCCGCCGCCUGAGCCCCGGCCUGCUGUCCGACCCCACCUCGCUGACCGAGGCUGACCGAGGCUGACCGCGGAGCGUGCGAACGACCCCGCCACUGCUUUCUUCUUCCCGCAGAUCACACAUUCUAGCCCCGGAAGAUGGGGAACUGCCUCAAAUCCCCCACUUCGGAUGACAUCUCCCUGCUUCACGAGUCUCAGUCCGACCGGGCUAGUUUUGGCGAAGGGACGGAGCCGGAUCAGGAGCCGCCGCCGCCAUAUCAGGAACAAGUUCCAGUUCCGGUCUAUCAUCCAACACCUAGCCAGACUCGCCUAGCAACUCAGCUGACUGAAGAGGAACAAAUUAGGAUAGCUCAAAGAAUAGGCCUUAUACAACAUCUGCCUAAAGGAGUUUAUGACCCUGGAAGGGAUGGAUCAGAAAAAAAGAUCCGGGAGUGUGUUAUCUGUAUGAUGGACUUUGUUUAUGGGGACCCGAUUCGAUUUCUGCCGUGCAUGCACAUCUAUCACCUGGACUGUAUAGAUGACUGGUUGAUGAGAUCCUUCACGUGCCCCUCUUGCAUGGAGCCGGUUGAUGCAGCACUGCUUUCGUCCUACGAGACUAAUUGAGCCAGGGUCUCUGGUCUGACUUCAAGUGAACCAUCAUAUUUGGUGGUUUUGAUCUUUUGUCACUGAGCCCAAAGAGCCAGGGAUUAGGAAUUAAGAUCAUGCACAAAAGUUUCCUAAAAAUUCCUGAAUGGCUGCAGAUGUUGGGGAAAAAAAUACGUGAUAUUUUAGAAAUCUAGGGGGAAAAGUAGGAUGGUAUUUUUAUGUAAAGCCUUGACCCAGUGUUUAAAAAUAUAAUUGUAUUUAGAUCUUGUUAUGCUCCAGUACAUAGGAAUUGUGUAAAGUGUUACAGCAGCUGUAUAUGUUUAAAUUGUGUGUGUUGAAGAUUAGGAAAAAGAUAGUGGUUGUUUUUCCUAAAUGAAAUAACUCUCUUUUUCCCCCCCACCCAAAUUCUUUUCUGAAGUUGCUGGCAUUUGGGUCAAGGUUUUAUUAAAAGCUACAUUUUAUAACACUGGCACAAAAAAAGUAGUUUUAAGCUUGUUUGCACAGUUCUUUUUUUCCAUUGGAAAUGGAAUUCAUUGCCUUAGGUCUUUUUAAAUAGUGUAUUAUCGUUGGGGCUGGCUCUAUGCUUGAAAACCAGUUUAUUUAUAACCUGUUGUAAGUGCUAUAUCUGUUUGCAGUUAGGAAAUGCAGAAUUCAAAGUGAUCUCCUAGCUUGUAAGCAAACUGAGAUGCACUAUCCCUUUUCUAUAAAAAACUGAGUUAAUGUCAAGAAACCAACUCUAGUAAAGGGGGGUUUAAUAUUACCCUUUCCUAUGUGUUUUAUCUAAUUAUUUUGAUUGUUAAUAUGGUAAUUAAAAGUCAAGGUAAAUUUUAAAUAUUAAGAUUUCUGAUUUAUUGAGCUCGAAUUAUGCCACCAUGCUUAUGUAAAAUGAAAGUGGCACCAUGGUGAAACUGAGAAAAGUUGCUCAGUUGUAAUAAUUUUGAUUUAUUCUUGUGACCUCCUUCCCUUACUGUCUUGAACCAUAGCAAAAGGAUACUGCAUCUCUUAUUGUAGUGCUGAGGUUAUUGAAGUUAUAUAAAACACAUCUCAGUCUCUGUUUCUUGGAAAGGAAAGUCCUGCUGGCUGACUGACAAGUAAGCAGGGAGAAUUAAGAUAAACGUAUUUCAUGUUUUGCACACAAAUGCAGAAUUUGUAUAACCACAUGACUUCAUAGUUGUGAUCUCGAAGAGGGAAUUUCUCCUUUUUCUUGCAGUUAAUGUAAGAGCACUCUAAAUCUCUAAGCUUCUGAAGUGUUAGAGGUAGAGAUGGUCUAGUAAAGAUGUAGUUUGUAAUGUUUUAUCCAUUUAGCAUGUGUUUAUUUUUCCUUAUGUACUCAAAGGUGACUUAUUUGUUCAGCUCAGUGAUUACAACUAAGAAUCAUUCAGUAGCAAAAGGAGAAGCAAUCUCAAUCUAACAAAUCAGAAAUGUUUCUUAUUUUAUAUUGAGUUGAAUAUUUGACUCUAACACUUUUCUACAUACAAAACACAAGUAUCUUGAGGGUUCUUCAUAAUUGCAUUUUAGAGGAAUUGAAUAUGCCAUAAGUACUUCUUAAAGAUUUGACAUUAGAAUGUAGUAUCCAUAUGUUGGUUAAUUUUCUUAUGAGCCCCAUGACGGAAAGACUUAAAGAUGAAUUUGAGAAAAUUGAAAAUUAGAUUAUCAGGUUCUGUUAAAUUGUUACAUGUAUCUUGCUUAAGUUUUUGUUCAUUAAUUUAUAUCCACCCAAUUACAUAAAGCAAAUUUGGAGGAAAACCUGAAGUUGUGCAAUAUUUUCAGUGAUAAUUUUUUUUAUCCUUGUGUUUUCUACUUAUACAUGAUGUCUGUGUCAUCAAGUAUUAUAAUCAGACUUUCCUUUUUUCUAGAUUGUUAAAAUUGGUAAGUGAACUUAAAAAAAAAUCAUCUUAUGUUGCUAUUAGUCUUUAUUGCAAGGCUUUUUUUGCAGAAGUUUGGCAGUAAUAUUGAAGGAACUAGUAUUGAGCUGAAAAAAAUUUUAAGGUACUUUGUAUUCUUUAAUUUUGAUUUCCAUACACCAUGUUAAGAACUAUCAAUUUUGGCUUUUACUAAGUUAAAUAAAGUUAUAAUACAGUUAUAAAGGGCUACGGUUAGAGUUGAUUACAUAAGAAUAUUCCCCAAAUUAUCUAGUCCUUUCUUGAAAAUGGUGUAUAAAUUUUAAACAAUGUAUAAAUUUAAUCUCUAGUUCUGUAAACUUUUUGGGAAGAUUUUUUUAUGGUGUGGUAUUUAAUACCAUCUAAUCAUAAGUUUAGAAGCUUGAUAGCUUCAAAUUUUCUGAAGCUAAAUUAUAGGUGCAACUUUUAGAUUUGGGCAAGAUGUGUUCAAGGUUGGCUGUAGGAUUUGAAAUAUAUGAAAAGCCUGACCAGGAAAUAGUAAAAGAAUCUUUUAAGUGUACACCCAACAAGUUGAAAUACUUUGGUUCACAAAAAACCUUUUCCAUUCUCUGAGUGUUCUUUAUAGGGAAUUUCUUAAAUCAGGAGAACAUUCCCCCUACUACUGGUGUCUCCUGUGUAAUAUAAGCCAAUAUGAUUUAUAGAAUACAGUGAGCAUUGUGUUAACAUUCUUGUCAUACAAAGCUUCAUCAUAAGGAAGCAUGCAUUUUAAAAAAGGAGUGACAGUAGUCAAAAGCAGACCUGCUUAUACUCCUUGAGACUAAAAUGGUAAACAAUAAAGAAGGUAAGUUUGGACAGGAUUCCAAAAUGUAGGCAGUUGGGUGGUUACCCCUGCUUAAAGGCAUUGCCUAGCAGUUUCUCAGAGCCAACUGAUUAUACUUGCAGCCACUGUAGUAACCUCAACUAAUUUUGUAAGCCUUUAAUUUUGAAAUUAGUGGACAUCAGAAAAGUUGGAUUGGUUAGUAUUUCAAGUACUUUUAAAUUUACUUACUGAAUGUAAAAAUCAUCUACUCUUUUCCUGGAUGGGAGAAAGUCAGAGAAGAUAGUUUAAAAUCCUUCCUUCUGUAUCCUCUUUACUAGCUCCCCUGCACUAAUCUUAACACUCAACUACACUUCCCCUAAGACACAGGCUGUUCAGAAUAUCUCCAUCAUGGGAAGUAUGGGCUUAAGAGCCAUCAUGAUCCUAAGCUGUUCUUCCUGACUGUGUUAUAUUAACCCUUUGGGGACUUAGUUGAAUUCCUUCUAAUUUCUUCCCUCUAAGUCUCAGUUCCUAAAUAUUUGGCCACUGAGGUCUCAUUUCCAUAAAUUUCAUGCCUUUUCUAAUCAUGAAGGCCGUGUUCCUGUUCCCUUCAGAAAUGAAUCCAUAAGUACUAGGCUAGCCUGCCUGUUUAAAGACUGGAUUUACCCAUUCAUGUAUUUAAAUACAUUUUUUUCCCUUAAAGAUGUACACAAAACCUAGGUGCUUAUUAAUAAAUGCUUGUUAAAUAAAGUAUAGAGUAAAAUGUCCAGCUAUUAAAUUUUCAUUGUUGCAUUGAAUGUAAUUACGGAUUGACCUACUACUAUUAAAUGAGAAUUUCCUGAGAGCCAUUAA